AUGACCUAAGAGACUUUUGAUAAUCUAAAUUAAACUUUAGAAACCGAGUUUAAGUCAGAAUAAAAGAUUUCCUAACACACUGCUGGGUUUGGCUUGGGUUGUUAUCUAUCUCAAUAAAUUGCCUUGAAAUUAUCGAAUUUACCAGUAACAGCAGGUGGAGGUCUGAAGUAUGUAAGAUUAGAAAAAGGAAUCCGAGUUUCUUUUCGAGUGAAGAAUUAGCCUUUCGAAAUAUUUUACACAAGUUGUGAUAUAUCAUCAGCAAAGUCAGGGAUAUUGUUUAAUGAAAAUGGGUAUUUCGACUCUCGUCAAUCAGUAAUAGACUUACAACUUACGAAUAGACAUAAACCUGCUGACAAUCAUCUACUUUUGACAUUGACUAAAAAAUCAAGUUUAUUAUCAGCUUCGUUCUCGCCAAAUUAAAUUAUUGAUUGUGUUGAACCAGAAUUGAAAUAGGAUAAUGAAAUUAUUGAGAGAAUAAGACAACGCAUUAUCACUAGAAAAAGGGAAGGGUAAAAAUAGUCACCUACUUUUGGGGCUUCUGUUGCUGACAUAGCUAGUGUUAAAACGAUUAGGGAGUAACCUCAUAUCUUAAUUGUUGAUGAUGAGAUGAUCAAUAUUAUUAGUUUGAAGAUCUUACUUAGUCAGUUCAAUAUCAAAUGCACUUCUGCUUUCAAUGGAUUAGAAGCAGUAAACAAAAUAAAAGAAUCUAAUGAGAAAUUUAAUGUUAUUUUUAUGGAUGUUAAUAUGCCUAUCAUGGAUGGGUUCUAGGCCACAGAACAGAUUCUAAAAUUUGACAAUGAUAAUACCAUUGUUGCAUGCACUGCAUUCAGCGACGUAGAAACGAAAACUAAGUGUUAUUCUGUGGGAAUGAAAUACUAUAUCAACAAACCUGUUACAAUGUUUGAACUCUUGAAAUUGUUGAAUCACUUGAAUUUAAUUAUAUAAUGA